AUGACUCCACGUGGCGCCAGCAAGGUUGAUGUUCUGAACUUCACCUCCAAAUCUGAGGCCGCGAGAGCGCAUACCCUGGAAGACGCCGACACCGUGAGCACGACGUCUACCAUGGACGAUCCCAAGACCGCACACAAGCCGUUCCGCUUCCUUGACUUGCCCCGCGAGCUUCGCGAAGUGGUUCUCGCAGAAGCAAAGUGCGACGUCAAAUUCAGGCCUCUGCAUUGUUUGAAAGUCAAAGCAUUCGUUGUCGACCCCAAUCUGCGUCUUGUCAGCCGUCAAGUGAAGGACGAAGUUGAUAGCAUCAUCUCCAAAACCUCUCCCACGGUGGUGGUGCUCAACGUCGAGUCCAUUUCGGGCUACCAUUUCGCAACGGGGUUUCUCGGCGCUAUCAAAGGCCGUAUUCAACGAGUCAACCUCAACCACUACCCGCCGAACGAGACCGUCCCGAGCGUUAUUAUCUUUGCACCGUACAUCGCAGUGGUUUUUGGUGGCGCUCUCCAGCUCAGUCGACUGCUGUGCAAGGAAGGGGCCAUCAACAACAAGCAGAUCCAUCUGCACGUGCAUAUUCCUCUGGGUCGAGACAAGUUCGGUAAAGCCGACCUCGCCGGACUAGAAGAGCAGCUGCAAGAAGAGGCACUAUGGUGCGCCUCUGGUUGGGAUACCUUUGCGACGAUGGAGGUGCAUAGGUAUGGUCGGAAGGGCAGUCAUCUCUGGGCGACUUGGGAUCACACGUGCGGGAAGCUUGUGAUGGCGAAAGGAGAAGAAGCCGUGGACGCAUCUGCUGAGGUUGGGGAGGCUGGUCAAGUUGUAGCGGCCCAGAAGCUCAGGGACGACGACAUGGCGGCGUGA